CUGAAUGCGCAGGCGCAGAGCAUCCCGCAGGCUCAGCAUCCAGGGACCAGAGACUGAUGGUUGUAGUUACAAUCUUUGUGCUUGGCGCAAGGUGAUGGAUGGGCGAGCAGAGAUGGAGGUCAUAAGAAGCACAAAAGGGAACAUGGCAGGAGAGGUCAGUGUCCAUUUGGUUGCCAAUGAAAAUACUGUGCAAAACACCCAUCUACCAGCAACUGCCUUCAUCAUACCAGCAAACACAACCACUGUAAACCUUCCAACAAGCACCUUAGAAAUCCAACGAUUCCCCCGGGACCCCCAGAAAAACAUGGGGACAGAGAGGCAAAGAGAGGGCACAGGAAGUGAACCUAUCACAGCAACAGUCAUCCCACAGAUCAGUGGUGUACAGACCUGCAACACCAUCCGGGUUCUGGAAUGGAAAGAUGGAGUGGCCACUCUUCCUGGAAGCAACCUAAGGUUUCAGAUAAAUGAAUAUGGGACAUUGAAGGUGGUCAGUGCUGACAAGCUGUCACCUCCAGAGCCCCUGAAGGAUUGCCAUCCAGAAAGAGAAGGAGAUAAUGUAGUGGCACCCAUCAGCAAGGACAAUCUCACUGUGGCUCAAGAUUCAGAUGUUCCUGAAGCUUCAAAGCUUCCAGCUGUGGACAGUCUGUUCCAUUGUAGUACAUGUGGCCGGAGAACCAUUUCAGGAUCAGCCCAGGAAGGCAGGGGGUUUUGCAACGAGAACUGCCACCGGCAAUUCAAAGAAAGAUCUGUCAUUGUGGAGAACUCUUCUGGCAGCACUAACUCCACUGAAAUUCUCAAACCAGUGAAGAAGCGGAGGAGGAAAGAUUAUCAAAGUCCUUCUGAGGAGGAAGAGGAAGAGGCUGAGCAAAUGGCAAUUAAACAGGAGGAGACAAAUGGGUCUGGAGGAGAACUUCCAUCUAGCAACAUUGGAAAUGAAGAAUGGAAUGCAAGUGAGCUUGUCUUGAGUGAGGAGAAGACAGAAGGUUGGACCUGGGCAUCUUACUUGGAAGAACAGAAAGCCACUGCUGCUCCUUUAAAUCUAUUUCAUGAACAUCAGUUGGUUGGUCACCACAAGAAUGGUUUCAAGGUGGGGAUGAAGCUGGAAGGGAUUGAUCCCCAGCACCCCUCCAUGUACUUUAUUCUCACAGUGGCUGAGGUAUGUGGUUACAGGAUGCGCCUUCAUUUUGAUGGCUACUCUGAAUGUCAUGAUUUCUGGCUGAAUGCCAACUCUCCUAACAUUCAUCCUGCUGGAUGGUUUGAGAAAACAGGACACAAACUCCAGCCUCCCAAAGGAGGUUUAGGUUAUAAAGAAGAUGAAUUCAACUGGGCCAGCUAUCUGAGGAUAACCAAAGCUCAAGCAGCUCCCAAGCAUCUCUUUGUGACCCCGGACAGUAAUGCUGCUCCCACAGGAUUCCAAGUCGGCAUGAAACUAGAAGCAGUGGACCGCAUGAAUCCUUCUUUGAUAUGUGUUGCCACAGUGACAGAUGUGGUGGACAAUCGCUUUUUAGUGCACUUUGACAACUGGGAUGACACAUAUGACUACUGGUGUGACCCCAGCAGCCCCUAUAUCCACCCAGUUGGUUGGUGUCAGAAGCAUGGAAAACCCCUCACUCCUCCGCAAGACUACCCUGAUCCUGAGAACUUCAGCUGGGAAAAAUAUUUAGUGGAAACAGGUGCUUCAGCAGUGCCAACUUGGGCCUUUAAAGUGAGGCAACCACAUGGUUUUCUGAUCAAUAUGAGGUUGGAGGCAGUGGAUCGAAGGACGCCUGCCCUGAUCCGAGCAGCUUGUGUAGAAGAUGUAGAAGACUACAGAAUAAAGGUCCACUUUGAUGGCUGGAGCCAUAUCUAUGACUUCUGGAUUGACGCAGAUCACCCAGACAUUCAUCCUGUGGGAUGGUGUUCAAACACUGGACAUCCAUUGCAGCCUCCUCUCAGGGCAAAGGAAUCAGUGUCUUCUGCCAAUGGGAGCUGCCCAUCCUUGGCCUGCAAGACCCUCCCCACCACCAAGAGCUCCAAAUACAGCUUUCACAGAAAAUGUCCAACACCUGGUUGUGAUGGUUCUGGUCAUGUAACGGGGAGGUUUACAGCUCACUACUGCAUCUCAGGGUGUCCCCUUGCAGAGAAGAACCAGGGAAGAGUGAAGGCUGAUCUCUCAGAUACAGAAAACUCUGUUAGAAAGAGAAACCUCAUUGGCUUUUCCCAGCGGAAGAAAUCACGACACCAUGGAAGAGGACGGCCUCCAAAAUAUCGGAAAAUCCAGCAGGAAGACUUCCAGACCAUUUCUUCAGAAAAUAUGCACCAGUCCCUCUUCAUGUCAGCCUUGUCACCACACCCAGACCGUUCCCUGUCUCUCUGUUGGGAACAGCACUGUAAACUCCUGCCAGGUGUGGCUGGGAUCACAGCUUCCACUGUGGCCAAAUGGACCACUGAUGAGGUCUUUAGCUUUGUACAGACAUUGACAGGUUGUGAGGACCAAGCAAAACUCUUCAAAGAUGAGAUGAUUGAUGGUGAGGCAUUUCUUCUGCUGACUCAAACUGACAUUGUGAAGAUCAUGAGUGUCAAACUUGGUCCAGCACUUAAAAUCUACAAUGCCAUCCUCAUGUUCAAAAAUGCCGAUGACACCUUAAAGUGAGCCACCCAGAGCAGCAUUUGACUUUCCUUCACAAGGAAGAUGCCAGCCUCUCUUUGUCUAUCUUGUGUCAGCAGACUGGAGAUUUUUCUGACUGCUGCAGCUGUAAAGUCCUGCCAACAUGCUCUCUUUGAGUCUUCGUUCUUGUUUACAUGCCAAAACCAUCCCGUCUGUCUUCCUCACUUCUCUUACCAGCCUUUCUGAACACUUCCCUGUCCAUGUCCAAUGGUGGAACUCUGGCAUUGGUUUGCCUGAUCCUACAAAAACCUGCCAAGAAGUACUCCUGGUGGUUUUAGAAGCACAUGGCAUGGUUUUGAAACUGCGGUUGCUAUUGGAUUUAAACCGCCUUAGUUUUAACCCUUCAGAUCUGACUGCCUGUGCAUUCCUACAUUAUUAAAUGUGCCUGGAUUUACAUGAUGACAUACAGAAGGCAAAUGUCUAUAUCAAUAUUCAUCACCACUACAUCCAGAUCCGCAACUUCAAGCAGCAUCAUGAAGCAUUUCUGAACUCUGAUGCUUCAGGGAAAAGAUCAAUCACUAACUAACAUGGAUUAGACCAUGAACCUGGUAGAGGGCAGAUUAUCUAUAUCUAGGGGCUUGUUCCUUCCAAGGCAGGCUAUUUGGACUAACUAUUCUGUAGAUAUAACCCACUCUUAACAAUUUUGGGUUUAUUGCUGCUAUGAAAACAGUUUGGUGCUCACAAUUUGUAAACUCACAAUAUUGCCAUGUUAGUUGGAGGGCGAGUAGAUCAAAGUAAUACUGUUUCUUGCUUUAGCCUCUGUUAGUUCAGUCCUUUAGCUCUGCAUGGUGCAUUUUUCCCUAGAGUGUGCCAAGAAAAGAAAAGAAAUAAUGGAUUAGAACUUGACAAAAAGCAACCUAAAAAAUAGCACUGGUACUUCAUAUCUAGUAAAAGUAUUCCUUCCCUUCAUGGAAGGAAUAACUGAUGUUAGGAAAAGAUAACUAACUUCAUCCAGCCUGUUGGACUGUCAUGUGAUGUAUCAGUUGAAAAAGAUUCUGCACAAUGCAGCAGUUCAUAGAUUCUCUGUUCUGAUUUGACUGGCCCUUUCCCCAGCAAACCUGAUUUAUUCAGUUUGUGCCAAAUGUUUACAUUCAGCUACUUGACAAUGUCCCUUGAACACAUAAUUUAGAAACUGUUCUUUUUUAAAAAGUCAGGUGGUUGUGUAUUCGUUUUUAAACUGCAUGAAUAGAAAUUAUAUUGGUGUGAUCAUUCACUUUCAAGUCAUCAAGAGUUCUGCUGUUGGCUACAAAAAUGUUUUUUAAAUAUAUAUAUAUACUGAAUAUUCAUGCACUAGCACAGGAUGUGUUGGUGAGCCACUUUAGCUGUGCUGUGGCCAUGUAGGCUAAGAGGAAGGUUGAAUUCCAAAUCCAGUUUUCUCAUUGGACAGUGUUAAGGAUAAGGGGAUGAUUUUGGGUAGCAGGUUGCAAAAUAUCAAAGUAAGAAGUGUUCUGUUAAUUUUUUUAUUUUUUUUAUUGUCUUUGCUUUGGGAAUGGAGGUGGAGGAGCCAUAUCAAUGUUCCACCUCAGGUGCCAAAGUAUGUUGGAAUUGACCUUGUUGAGUUGAGCAGUCUUCUAAUCUCAAAAGCUCUAGGAUUUGGUUUCUGCAUCUGUUCUUCCCAUUUGUCCUUAUAUCACAAUGAGGACCUCAUUAUGGUUCUAUAUAGUAUAAUCAUUAAACAGAGGAGAGAUAACAAUAAGGCUAAGGCUUCCAUGGCUAAGUAGGGAUUUGGGCCUAGUUCCUUAGAUCCAAACAAAACCCACAGUUAACUAGUGCUUUGCCUAUAAUUUUCCACAUGUGGUGCUCCUUUGAACCAUUAGGAUUUUUCUUUGUUCUUCUUUAGCCUGUGAAGGCAGGGGCAGACUUUCUUAAUCGUAUGUAUACUAGCAUAAUUUCUCAUAUAGUAACAUGAUCUGUGAAGUCCACCUUUUAUGUUUAGAUCAUGCAAAGCUUCCUAUGGAAAUGCAUUAUUUUGAUUCUGGUGUGAGUAAAUACUUAGUGAUAUUUGGUUUUCCCUUUUCAGUGUUUUAGCCACUUGCUAUUCAAGAGAAACUUGUAUUUUAGUUUCUCACUUUCUUUCUGUCAUGCUGCGCUUUUGUUUUUAAACAGGUUUUGCCCUGAAUUCAAGAUAUUUGUUGAGCAUCACCAUAUGUUUAUUUUUUGGGAGGAAUAAAAUUUUGCACUUUUGAUCCAUUCUUUCCAAAAGUUGCAGUUAAUUUGUGGUGCCAAACUAUCCCAAUAUCCAAAGAAAUGUUAUUUUAGCCAACCAGAAAGAAAGAAGAAAAUAUUCUUUUGUGACUUUUUGUGUGUGUGACACUAGAGCAAAGGACUGCAUUUAUGACUCUGUGGAUUUUGUGCUUCCCUGUUCAAGUAAAAUUAACUUUCUCUUGGGUCCUUUACACUGAACUGCAGCAGGUGGCCACUUGGGGGCCUCAGUGCCAAAUGUUAUUAAUGUUGAACAAUCUGCUCUAGAUUUAUUCUGCAUCCCCUUUCUCUUUCAUUUUUGUGAAUGUUAGAGUUAUUUAUGUGCCGAUUCAUUUACUUAUGUAUUUCGGCUAAUUCUGUACCACACUUGAGCAAAGAGCUUCCAGGGCUAUUGAGCAAACUGAAUUGGACUUGCAAUAAGAAUGGAGUCUAGAUAGCACUUUGCUCCCAUUAGCCUUGAAUUCUUCCAAAAUAAAACUAUCCUUACUGGAAGUGAGUAUAAAAUGGAAAGGGAGAAGGGGAGGAGAGAUUUUAAUUUAUGAGAGUAUGCAUACAGAUUUUGAGCAAAAUGGAAACUCAGUACUCCCAUUGGUUUCUGUUAUCCAUUAUCAGAAGUGUUCAGUCUCAGACCACUUGGUCUGUUGAGACACUGAAUCUGUUAAUUAAUCCAAACUAUACGAUACAGUUGAAUAGAUUCUCAGAGGCUAUUUACAUUUAGACUGUGGUUAGAAUCUUUUCUAGGAAGGAAUCAAAUUUAAAGGCAAAAUUUACAUGUGGUUCUAUAAGAAAGUUAAAGUUAAGAUCUAUUUCCUCAUAUUUACUUUUUUUUGCCACUGUUGCUCUGGCACACUCAUUCUGGGAUUUGGUAGCUGUCAGAAGAAGAGAAGGAAGGCAGCUGGAAAAUCUUUGCCAUCCCCAGUGGCAGGGCUGAUGAAGAGCUCUGCCAGAAGGCUGAGAUAAUUCCUGCCAGUCUAAAUACAUCAUACUAGCUUAUGGGGCUUGUUGAUCUGACAGUUCCUGAUACAGCAGCUCCUUGCAUACAUUGUCCUUGUACAAUAAUAAUAAUAAAUUUUAUUUAUAUACCACUUUUCCGCAGAUCAAAGCGGUGUACAAACAAUUAAAAAACCAUUAAAACAUUGCAUAAAAUAGAUAAAAUCCCAUAAUAAAACCGUGCAAUCAUAAACAUUUUAAACACAAUCGUUCACAUUCAGGGGUAAGCGUAGGGAAUCGAUGGCAACAGAGUAGGCAGCUUCAUUCUUCAGGGGGGGAAGACUUGACAAAAAAGAAAAGUUUUAAGCCUCUUUUU